AUGAGCAGGCUACUUGCCGGAUACCGCCGCCUUGCGCCCGGCGGCAGCAUCACACUGCACGCACGCUUCUGCAGUGUGACUGUGCCGCCCAAAGUGUCCCGUCUCACAUACUGCUUUUUAAGACGCUUCAGCAUUUUUUUGUGCGUAAGCCACAUGAGCAUGCAGUGGGAAGACUGGUCGCUGGCGAAGGCACUGGGACUCGCCUACCCCCAAAUCAGAAGCGACAAAACCACGCUCGCGCCUCCUGCAGCAUCGUCGCGGGGGGGGGUUCGCUCCUUUGGCGGCGGGGCGGAUAUUGCCCAGGUGUACGAAAGGAAUCAAGAUGCGACGCUUUACAUCGGCAACCUCGAUUCACAGGUUGAUGACGACCUGCUCUGGGAGCUUUUUGUCCAGUGUGGACCCGUCCGGACCGUCUCAGUUCCGCGGGAUAAACUGACAGGAAACCAUCAAGGCUAUGGCUUCGUGGAGUUUACGAACGAGGUUGACGCUGAGUAUGCGCUGAAGUUGAUGAACAUGGUCAAGUUGUAUGGCAAGCCUCUGCGCCUAAACAAAGCAGCGCAGGAUCGAAGAAAUUUCGAUAUCGGUGCGAACAUUUUCUUGGGCAAUCUCGAUCCUGAUGUGGAUGAGAAGACGAUUUACGACACUUUCUCAUCGUUCGGAAACAUCACGUCGACUAAGAUUAUGCGAGAUCCUGAGACCGGCAUCUCGCGCGGCUUUGGCUUCGUCUCCUUCGACACCUUCGAAGCCUCGGACGCAGCCCUGGCAGCCAUGAACGGCCAGUUCAUCUGCAAUCGCCCCAUUCAUGUCUCUUAUGCCUAUAAGAAGGAUACGAGGGGCGAGCGCCACGGCUCGGCAGCCGAGCGUCUUCUGGCCGCCAGCCGGCCCCAGAUCACGAACCCGAAUGCGCCUGCCACGGGCGCCAUCAAGCCUGUGCCGAGUCCUCUGAUGCAGGGCGGCCCGCAGGGCCAAGGCUCAGGCCUCAUGGGUGGUGCAGGUCUGCCCGGUAUCCCUCCACCUCCUAUGCUCGGCGGUCUUCCCCCUCGGGGACCCCCUGGAGGCCCUGGCGGGUUCCAGACGCCCUCCUUUGGCUCCAACCAGGGGGGGACAGGCCCAGGAGUCCAGGGGGGUGCUGGGGCUGGCGGCGCCGCAGGAGGUGUCUCAGGAGCUGGAGGGAGAGUGGGCGACUUGCCGCCCCUUCCGCUCCCGCCCAACAUGGCUGGCGGCUUGCCGAACCUGCCCAUGGGUCUUCCUCCUCCGCCUCUGCUCUUCAUGCCCAGACCCGGAAUGCCACCUUUCCCGCCACUCCCGAACAUGACCCACGUGGGAAAUGGCUCGUCCCCCCAGGGGCCGCCGGGCCCUGGAGGCUCUUCGGCGUCUCCUGGGCAAGUGCCGCCUGCCCGCACGCAGGGCCCCCCAGCGGUCUCGCCACUGCGACCCGCACCGGGCGGGCCCAUGGGCCCCCCCGGGCCCGCGUCGCCGUCGGGGUCGGAUCUGUUUUCCGGGGCUCCGGGCGCUGGAGCAGGCCCAUGUGGCCCAGGGGGCCCCAGACCCUCACCGGGCGCUGGACUCGCUCCUCCGGGAGGCGUCGCCUCCUCCAUGCGGUCAGAUCUUCUCCCGCCUCCCCCGCCACUUAUCCUGUCUCCAGGAGCUCCUGGGGCGGGACCUCAGCGUCCAGGGGGCCUCCCCGGCGGCCGCGCCCCCGGCUUCAGCCCCAUGCCGAAUAUGCGACCUCCGAUGGGACCUCCUCAUGGCGGGCCCCUCAUGGGUGCACCUCCGGGGACCACGCCGCCCAACAUGGGUCCGCCGCCCAUGGGCGGUCUCAUGGGCCGUGGGCCCAUGCCUCCGGGUGGGCCUGGGAUGAUGCCUGGGGGAGCGCAGCAGCCGCAUCGCCCACCGAUGAGAGGAUAG